CCCUGCAGGUCCCGCCCCAGUCACGCCCCCAGUUCCCAGUGACUCCUCAUCAUCCCUCAAGCUUACUUCCGCCCCAAACUGCCUGCCAGGACCUAGAGUACUACUGUUUAUGACAACGCGCUAUCUGCCUGACUAAAAAAAAGUGACAGAGUAAUGAUGAAACCUGGAGAAGCGCUCAUUUUCUACGACGCACACCGUCUCCUAAGAUGGCUAUGCUCAGGGACUGGUCAUUUUUCACUUGGAGCCUCCGCGGGGCCUAAGGCCUUCGGGGGCCGUGUUCAGGCAUAUCCUUAGACAGCCCCGCGGCGCCGGCGGUCCCCGGCUCGCCGAGGGCGACGUGGAGCUGAGCGGGGCCGUGCGGCGUUCGGGAAGGCGGAGGACGCGGGGCUGCCUGGCCGAGCUACCAUGUCGAAGGUUUCCUUCAAGAUCACGCUCACGUCCGACCCGCGGCUGCCCUACAAAGUACUCAGUGUUCCUGAAAGUACCCCCUUCACAGCAGUCUUAAAGUUUGCAGCAGAAGAAUUUAAAGUUCCUGCAGCAACAAGUGCAAUUAUUACCAAUGAUGGUAUAGGGAUAAAUCCUGCACAGACUGCUGGAAAUGUUUUUCUAAAGCAUGGAUCAGAACUGCGAAUUAUUCCUCGAGAUCGUGUCGGAAGUCAUUCGUGGCUGCUGCUGGAACCAUACCUGUCACAAUAAAGAUUGAUUGUUUUUUGUUAUACAAUUGAAA